CCUGUAGACUGGUGGUCAAUGGGAAUAAUUUUAUAUGAAUUUCUUGUUGGUUGUGUUCCUUUCUUUGGAGAAACCCCAGAAGAACUUUUUGCACAUGUUAUUAACGAUGAGAUUGAAUGGCCAUCAGAAGCUGAGUGGCCAGCUACAGAUGAUUCAAAAGAUUUAAUAUCUCAACUACUUCAACAAAAUCCUCGGGAUCGGCUUGGUACUGGAGGUGCUCAAGAAGUUAAAGAACAUUCCUUUUUUGAAGAAAUCAACUGGAAUUCACUGUUAAGGCAAAAAGCCGAAUUUGUUCCACAACUUGAUUCAGAGGAUGACACUAGUUACUUUGACACUCGAGCUGAUAGAUAUUGUCAUGAAGUUGAUGAUUCUGAAGAUAUGGAUGACCCAGAUGAGAGUGCUUUGUUCAGUAGUUUCUCAUCUUGCUCUCCACGAUUUAGGAAAGUCUAUUCCAGAGUUGAAAAAGAACUAGAAGAAGAGCACAUGCUUCAG